UGGAAACCAGAUUGAAGAGGGAGAAACGAAACUGAAAGUGCUUGCAUUGACGGGAAUAGAAUCUCGAUUGACUCAUGUUGAUUUAACUAUUUGCACUGUACUCUUCCGUGUGCUUUUCUACGUGACUCGGGACUUCGAUGUGACCAGGCAUUUCGUGCAUAUCUCUGAUCAACCUCAUCGAUGGCCGCUGACAAAGAUGCCAACAUCAGUCUGAUUGAGGACCUCAGGCCUAGGCUGCGGAAACUCAUUGAAAUCGAGUUUGUACUGGAUCACCUGAACUUCUUAGACAAUGACAACAAGGACUUGAUCCGAACUAAGGCGAGAAAAGAGAGCAAUCUAAAGGCAGUGGAUCUACUUAUUGAUACAAUCAUCAGGAUCCGGCCACUUCCGAAAGGUUGGUUCAGGGAGUUUGUGGAUGCACUGUCAGCUGGGGGUUGUAAACAUGCUGCCACCUACGUGGAGGAUAGCCCUCCAUGUCCUGCUCUGGAGGCAGAGAAUGACAACUGCGUCAGACUAAUUGAACUUCUGUCGCCAAGUCUUUUGGGGAUGAAGACUACUGAUGUUUGCUGGGACUGUUUUUCGAAAGGUAUUCUCACCAUAGAGGACCGUGAAAUUAUUUUAGCUGAAUGUCAAAACCGAGGAAAUAUGGGUGGUGCUCGUGAACUGCUCAGGAGAAUCGUGAGAUUCCCGCCCGGAUGGUUCUCCACCUUCUUGAAGGCCUUACAGGACACUGAACACAAGGACCUGUAUAAAGAAUUGACAGGGGAGUCACCUGGUGAUAACUUUAUAGAUGAGCCAGGUGUCCUGAUGGCUGUGAAUGAAGCUCCAGGGAAUGUGGAUCCCAUGGUGGAGGAGGGUCCUGUAGAAGCAGUGGGGAAAUCUUUUCUCCCAGAGCAGGAGACAUUGGAUAGCAGUGUGACCAGCAUACAUCUGGAUGAACCUUCAGAGGCUGACUCAGAAAUUGCAGACCUAUAUAGUGGCACAGAAGAACCAAUGGAAAAUGGGAAACCGGAAAAUAGCUUGGAUCUCUCAAUGUCAGGCUGCAUUGCCCCUGCUGCUGAAAGCCCCCCAAAAGCUGUCAUUGUUCUUCGAGAUUAUCAGAUGGACGUGGCCAGGCCCGCCUUGGAGGGAAAAAACAUCAUCAUAUGCCUCCCGACAGGAAGUGGUAAAACCAGAGUUGCUGUCUAUAUUACCAAAGAACAUCUGGACAGCAGGAGGAAAGAGGGCCGACCAGGGAAAGUGGUCGUCUUGGUGAACAAGGUGCCCCUGGUCGAGCAGCAUUACUCCACAGAGUUCUGGAAGUUCCUUAAAAACAAAUACAAAGUUGAGAGGGUCAGUGGGGACUCCCAGCUCAAAAUCUCCUUCACAGACAUUGUCCAGAAAAACGAUAUUGUCAUCUGUACAGCCCAGCUUCUGGAGAACUACUUGGAAAGGUCUCACAGUGGAGAUGACGAUGGGAUUCAACUUUCAGAUUUGUCACUGAUUGUGAUCGAUGAGUGCCACCACACACAGAAGGGAGGAGUCUAUAACCACAUCAUGAUCCGCUACCUCAAGCAGAAGCACAAGAACGCUAAGUUAAAGAAAGAGCAGAAGGAUACAGUGGCCAUCCCACAGAUCCUAGGCUUGACCGCCUCACCCGGCGUCGGGGGAGCCAAGAAAAUUGAUAAAGCAGAAGAGCACAUUCUACGAAUCUGCGCAAACUUGGACGCAUACAAAAUAAUGACGGGGAACCUUGGGGAAAACAAAAAAGAACCGCACAAAAAAAUUGCCACUGCCGAAGAGAGAAAAGAGGAUCCCUUUGGCGAUGUUCUCAAAGGAGUCAUGAAUGCCAUUCACAUCCAUGCUGAACUGAACCCUACCUGUGACCUAGGCACCCAGAACUAUGAGCAGUGGGUGGUCCAGAAAGAACAAAAUGCUGCAAAAGAGGAGAAUCAAAAGGUGCGAGUUUGUGCUGAGCAUCUACGGCAGUACAACGAGGCCCUGUACCUAGGCAAAACCAUCCGCAUGUGGGAUGCCUUCAGCUUCCUGGACAAAUACUUUGACGAGGAGCUGAAGAAGAAAGUGGCCCCAGAGGACGAGGAGGCCAUCAUUAAGACUGAUACAGAGCGAUUCCUUUUCACACUCUUUAAAGAUAGCAAAGUGAAACUGCAGGAGUUGGCUAAGCUUCCCCAGUAUGAAAAUAAUAGCCUAGCUAAGCUGAGAACCAAAAUCCUGCAUGAGUUUACAUCUAGAGAAAAGGCUAGAGGGAUCAUUUUCACGAAAACCCGUCGCAGUGCCAUCGCAUUAGCUCAAUGGGUUCAGGAAAACUCCAAGUUCGAGGAGGUCGGAGUAAAAGCUUGCCAUGUGAUUGGAGGAGGAGGCCAGAGUGUCGUGAAACCAAUGACCGCUGCAGAACAAAGGGAUGUUUUGAACAAGUUUCAGAAUGCGGAGAUCAACUUGCUGAUUGCAACAACAGUGGCUGAAGAGGGUCUGGACAUAGCAGCAUGUAACUUUGUGAUACGAUAUGAGCUUGUGACCAAUGAGAUCGCUAUGAUUCAGGCCCGAGGCAGAGGCAGAGCUGAGGACAGUAGUUAUACCUUAGUGGCAGGGGAGGGUUCUGGGGUCGCUGAACGAGAGAGUGUCAACGAGUACCGUGAGAAGAUGAUGAGCAAAGCUAUCGAUAAAGUCAAGAAAUUAGAUCAAGAGGAAUAUGAAAAGAGGAUUAAAGAAUUCCAGAUUCAGGCGAUCAUGGAGGAAAGAGUGCGAACAACCAAGAAGAAGCAGAAAGGAAUGAAAAAGGAGAGCCCGUCCAAAGUGAAGUUCAGUUGUAGAAGCUGCAACAAACCAGUCUGCUCUGGGGAAGAUGUUGAAAUCAUUGAAAAUAUGCACAGAGUCAACGUAACACCCCAAUUUAAGGAACUUUUCAUUCAAAGAGAAAACACCUCACUUGUUAAAAGGCUACUGGACUACGAGACCAAUUGUUUCAUAGCAUGCAAAGACUGUGGACAGAGGUGGGGUUCAAUGAUGCUCUACCGUGGAAUCGAGUGUCCCUGUCUUCACGUCAAGAACUUCCUGGUGACGUAUGAUGAAAAGAGGAAGAACGUCAACAAGUGGAGCGAGCUGGGUAUCCAGUUACCUGCCUUUGACUAUGCUGAACACGCUCGAUCUGUGGCCGAAAGCUCAGAGGAUGAAGAAUCAAUGUAAUAAUAUGGUUACGACAAGGAUUGUUUUUUUUCGAAGAGUAAGAAUCAAAACAAAUUGCAUGCAGCUCCGUGUAUCCGUGGUAGUUGGAUUGAAUAAAUCAGCCUUACAUUUUCACUUGGAAGUUGCACAAGCUUUUACAAUGUGACUUUGCUCAUAUCUUUUUAAUUGCGAAAGCCGUCAUUGAUGCAGUAUGAUACGGGGGGGGGGGGUUCAGGUGUCUUACAAGCUGCUGCUUUUAAUUGUCAUGAAUGAAUCAUUGUAUUCAAUUUAUUGUCAAUGGCUAUCAGUAAAUGUUGAAUCAAAUGAAUAAUGUGCUUUUCUGAUUGAAAAAAAAGAUUGUGGAGAAAACAUGACAUUACUAUGUGCCCUAGACAUCUCCAUGCUUAAUCACUGAUUGGGGAAAACGGGUUCAGCAGGAAGAGAGAUUACUAGUUGAAUAUUGUGUGCAAACAUUUUCUUUUAAAAACAUUUCUAAUCUGUGCUCCUAGACGAGCUGUUGUGUCAGACACCGCAUACAUCAUGAAUGGGUCAAACUAAAGAUGAAAUUGAACUUCUCGAUACACUUCCUCUCCCUUGGGAUCCGCUGGUGUUUUCCCGGACUGUAUGGUCCGCACCGGUCAGCACACGUUUGUGUUUAGAUCUAACACACUAGACAGGUGUGGGUUUUUUUUGUGUGUGUAUUGUCGGUAAAUUCACUUUGCCCAAUGUCACAGGUGUGACCUGUCCAGGGGUCGUGGUGAUGUGGUGAUGUGUUGCCCUGGCUACUGUGACUUGAUAGUUCAGGGAGUAAUAAAAGGAAAGAAUAUGGGUGUCCACGUGAUUACUUUUUUCUUCUUCGUUGUUUAGUUUAAUCCUAAAUUCAUAGCUUUCAAAAUAUUUCCAUAAUACAAAUGUCUGCCAUGUGUGAAGUGUAUGAGACAAUAAAUUGAGCAGGCAAUUUGCCUCAAUGUG